AUGCGCGAGCGCGUGCGCGAACUCGUCGACGAGUUCAUCAACCGCACCUUCACGACCGCCUCCUCCUCCAUCAGCAUCAACGGGCUCGACUCCUCGUCGCCGCAGUUCCCGUUCCCGGCUGCGUUCACGGCGCCCGUCGAGACGGUCGAGUACGAGCAGUACGAUAGCCGGCUCGCGGCGCGGGUGACGUCGCUGUAUGCGCAGCUGGAGUCGCUGACCACGACGGUUGCGCAGUUGAGACGCGAUGCUCCGCGGCGCGCCGCGGCUGCGUAUGCGGAGCAAUUGAAGAAGACGCUGGAGGACGACGAUGCUGACGAAGACGACGAGGAGGAAGGCGGCUUGGAGGACGCGCUGGACGGACUGCACGGGCACGACGCGGAUGGACAAGGCCAGGAUGUUGAGAUGCCUGAUGCAGACGAGAACGGCUCCCAAGCGCGGGACCGGAGGACGAGAUCGCGUCGCGACUUGUCCAGGUCGGAUCGGAAACUACAGCUGCCCCUCGGUACGGAUCAUGAGGCGGAGCGUUGGCGGAGUGGGGAGAUGGCCGAAGUGUAUGAGGAUGCUUUACGGACGUUGCUGCGGCUCCAGGGAGGCGUCGCUGCCGGGGACGCAGCCGGGUCGACAGACGAAGCCGCCGACGGCAAUGGACUAGCGACGACCGUCGGCAAGGCCGAACGAGCUGCCCAAGCGGUGGACGUGGUCGAGAAAAAAUGA